AUGGACGUCAUACUCUACGUCUAUGACCUGUCAAAGGGUCUUGCUCGCCAGUUCUCCAUGUCCUUAACAGGGACUCAGAUGGAUGCCAUUUAUCACACGUCCAUCGUCGUCAACGGCGUUGAGUAUUAUUACGGUCAAGGCAUCCAGACCGCUGCCCCUGGCUCCACUCAUCAUGGACAGCCGAUUGAGAGGCUGAAAUUGGGAACGACAGAGCUGCCAGCUGAGGUGAUUGAAGAAUGGCUAAGCUCUUUAGCUGAAAUAUACACCCCCGAGUCUUAUGAUCUCUUUCUGCAUAAUUGCAACAACUUCACCCAGGACCUUGCCAUGUUCCUGGUUGGCAAGAGUAUCCCUGACCACAUCCGGAACCUGCCGCGCCAAUUUUUGGACACUCCAUUCGGUCAGAUGAUGAAACCUCAGAUCGAAAUGGCUCUGAAGGGUGUCACGCAGGGUACUGGCCCGGGAACUGUUCCUGGUCCAAGUAUUCAGCCACCACCUUCAAGGCCUGCCCCUCCUCAGAUGCCUCAAGUCUCAGCUGCCCCUCAUCCCGUACCAACCACGGUGCGCAAUGUAAGCAAUCUCAGCCAGCUCCAAAGCGAGUUGGCCGCGACAUCAGACUCUUGUGCAGUGAUUUUUUUCACGUCGUCGACGUGUCCACCCUGCAAAGCUGUCUAUCCGAUAUACGAUGAGCUUGCAGAGGAAGUUGGUGACAGAGGAAGACUCAUCAAGGUUGAUGUUGGGUUUGCUCGCGAUGUGGACAUGAGGUACAGAGUGCGCUCAACGCCAACCUUUAUGACUUUCGUGAAAGGAAAGAAGGUGAACCAGUGGAGCGGUGCAACGCCAGCCCUAUUGAAGGGCAAUGUGCGCUUGCUCCUCGAGAUGGCCUAUCCACCUCAUCCCCACCAGAAACUUCGACUGCCCAGCUUGCAGCGACCUAUCUCUAACUUCGUCAUGUACAAGAAAGUCCCGCCACUUGAUAAGCUCCUGCAAAAGCUUCCAGCCGAGUUCAAGGGUGCCCAGAGUGUCGCUCCAGUCAUCGAAUUCGUCAAGCUUCGUUUCACUGCAAGUAACGGCAAUGCCCCUGCCGCGGAUACUAGAGUGCCUGAUCUCCACUCGUUCGCUACUACUCUUCAAUCAACCUACCCCACGCUCCCGAGUGACAGUCAUUUUGCAGUCGUGGACCUCGUUCGCUUAUUGUUCCUUGAUCCGCGCGUGAGCGGCUACUUUGCCGAAGAGGCCAACCAUACCACCCUCCUCACACUUCUCUCGCCACUCUCCCAGGGGGAUCUUUCAUCAUGCCCUUAUAGCCUUCGCAUUGUCGCUCUUCAACUUGCUUGCAACCUCUUCAGCACCCCGCUUUACCCACACCAACUCGUGUCAACCCCCUCGCCCUUGCGAGAGACCUGUCUUCGACUCGCGACCAACUCCCUAUUAGACUCGCAGAACAACCUCCGCGUCGUCGCAUCGUCAUUUGCAUAUAAUCUCGCUGCAUACAAUCACAACGCUCGCUUUGAUGGAAAGCCAGAUCCGCUUUCGGAAGAGGAUCAAGUAGAAUUGGCCGCUUCUUUGCUAGAAGCUGUCUCGCAAGAAGAGCAGAGCCCCGAAGCCCUGCGCGGCUUCUUAUUUGCACUCGGUCUUUUUAUUUAUGAAGCUCCGUUGGAAGGGGCGCUUAUUGAUCUUUGUCGUGCAAUGGGGGUAACUGAGACGGUUGCUGCGAAGUCCAAGAUAGAGGCUGUACGGAAGGAGCCACUGUUGAAGGAAGUUGGAGAAGAGUUAUUUGGGAAGGGGCUUUAG